AUGGCCGCUUCAAUCAACCUGAACACCAUGCAGGCUACACCUAUGCCACCCCCAACGAAUACCCACAACGAGGCUGCUAGCCAGGGCAGCCCUCGGAAAGCAACAAAAAGCUGUCUGAAAACUCAGACGUCAACAGACGGAGUCGACGAAGAGGCAGAUGGCGACAAGAGCGGUCCUAAGGAAGACGCAGACACAAACGCACCUGCUAUGAACACACAUGUGAACAUGUCAGGUGCUCUUCAACGCAAAAUGUCGGAGCUCCAAGCUAGUGGCUGGAGACCGCCGGAAGAGUCGUUCGAUAGUGACGACGACUACGACGGUGUUGACAUGAUCAGCAACAGCGAUGAUGAAGAAAAGAGCAUGAGAAAAGCCGAAGAGAAGCUCAUGGCUCAGGACGAGGAUGACGACGACGAGCACAAUGCAGCUCUGGCACGAAGACUUAGUUUGUCCAGCCAGAACAGCAACCAGGCCGAGCUGGCCUAUCUCGAGUUCAACGAUGACUACCUCCUACGUGACGACCCCUUCUCGCAGCCUUGGCUCGACGCCGACGAGAUCAUGGCGGCACCCGAAUUCUUCCGUGAGGCUACCCCCCUCACGAGGACCGAGAGCGAACAGACUGUGCCUCCACAACGCCGUGUACGCUUCGAAGAGAGAGCCGACAUGUCUGAUGAAACAGACUCGGACAACGACAGCGACUUCUUCCCCGACCUCUUCAUCCAACAAGACCACCUCGACCCCCGCUUCAGACGCUUGAUAGAGAAGGAUGACGACCACGAGUUGUACCAGGACGACAGUAGCAAUGCCGGUUCUGAAUGGGACUUUGAGGCCGACGAGAUGAGAAUGCUACUCAUGGAAGAAGAAGAGGAGGAAUCGGACUCGUCGGCCGGCUCUAGCGGCUACGAAUCCGAUGACGGCGACACAACUGACGAAGAACCCAUGCCUCCCCCGCCAAAGAGAGCCUCUACCGCACCUACAAGCCCAAGCAGUACCCUCGCCACUCCUCGCCCUUCUACUGCAAGCUCCACUCGCAUCAAGCUAGCUCUCCGCAAGAACAAGAACAAGCGCACCCCUACACAACCCAAGAUGGGGACGUUCAUCAUAGACCCUCACCGCCCUGUUCUCACCAUCGAUGGUGUCGGUGUAUCGCAAAAGAGCACCUUGUGGCCUGCAAAGAUCCAAUCUGCUGCCGACAAGCAGUUGUGGGAACGUAUGCACAUGCUGAGCAACACAAACAGCCGUGCUACUAGUCGUACCACCAGCCCCCGCCAAUCAGUUCAGCUUACGCCUUCCGGCGAGAGCGAUGCCAUGAGCAUAGGUGAAGAGAAUGACUUCUUCGACUCAUUCGGUGCUCUUCGUACCGACCAAGUCAUUGGUCCUCCAGAAGCCUUUACUCCGUUUGUUGAUGUCACUGCUUCUGGUGCCAUCAUCCACGACGAGGAUGCUGCCAUACCUGGUGCUGAUGAUGAACAAGACCCUAUGUGCUUCUUGAACUUUGACGACGACGACGACGACGACGACGACGUGGAUGAAGACAUGAACGAUGAGUCUGAUCACGCCGCCUCUCCCACUACUCAAUCGUUCUCAUCUCAAGUCACCAACACCACAUCAUCUCAACCUGGUGGCUUUGAUCUGCUUGCUCAUCUCGACCGCCACGGCGUUGUCGGCUCCUUCCGCCGCAACCAACAGUUCGCCAAACACGUAGGAUCUCUGCCUUCUCACCCUGCCCUCAGAGCAUCCCUGUCCGAGACGAACGCCAUGCAGACCGGUCGUCGCGCUGCAGCCAACACACCCAUCACACCUCUCAGAAAGAAGAAGGCAAAGGGUGUUGGAGCACGUAACUCUCCCAUGACCACUACAAGUCCUCUCACAAAGAGUCCCCCUCUCAAGAAGAAGGGUCCCGUCAGAGGCGGUUUCAGCCGUCGCUGA